AUGUUUUCCUCAUUAAUUAAUCAAUUAUCACUCACGUCGUCAAAGACACAACCAGCACCGAUGGAGAAAUUUGGCAAAAAGUUUAGAGCAAAGUACUUUACCAACUUGGAUCCGGACGUUUACCCAGUGAAUCAUGGUUCGUAUGGCUUGACACCUACUCCGGUCCACGAAAAGUACUUGGAAUUUAUUACGAAACAUGCUUCCUACCCCGACAAGUACUUGAAAGAAGAACAAAAGCAAAAUUACAUACACAGCUUAGAAGCGUUGUCCAAAGUUUUGAAUUGCGACUACCAUAAUUUGGCUAUUGUUGAUAAUGCAACCACGGGCAUCAACACCGUUUUGAGAAGUUUCCCUUUACAAAAAGGUGACUCCAUAGUUAUCCAAAGCACAGUAUAUGGUGCGUGUGGAAAAACCGUCAGGUUUUUAAAAGAUCAGUAUGAUGUUGAAUUCCACGUUGUUGAGCUCAACUAUCCCAUUGCUGAUAAAGAGGUUUUAUCAAUGUUUGAAAAGGUGUUUAAGGAGGCAAAACCUAAAAUGUGUAUGUUUGACACAAUAUCAUCCAUGCCUGGAGUUGUCUUUCCUCACGCGCAGAUGAUACAAUUGUGCAAGAAAUACAAAAUUUUGUCAUUGAUCGAUGGCGCUCAUGGAAUAGGCUGUAUUCCUCAGGACUUGUCUGCACUCAAGCCUGAUUUCUAUGUGAGCAACUUGCACAAGUGGUUUUUUGUCCCGUUUGGUUGUGCAGUGUUGUAUGUUGAUCCCAAGUACCACAAAUAUAUCCAUACGCUUCCCAUCAGCCAUUCCUAUCUACCAUCAACUGUUGAUUUAUCCAACGAAGAUGAAAAAAAUAGAUUGAUUGAUAGGUUCUAUUUCAAUGGGACAAAGAAUUUCGCCUCCAUUGAUGUUAUUCCAUAUGCCAUUGAAUUUAGACAACAAGUGUGCCGAGGUGAAAAGGCCAUCUAUGAUUAUUGUCACAACUUGGCUGUGCAAGUAGGACAGCUUGUUGGCAAGAAAUGGAACACGACUGCAUUGGAUCAAAAACAUGCUACUCAAAUUAGCACAAUGGUGACAAUUCCUGUCCCCGUCGAUGUGCCAGACUUUAUUGAAAACUGGAGCAAGUAUGACAAUAAGAUUUAUGCAAAGUGUUUUGCCAAGAAGGCUUAUACUCCGUGUAUUGCUCAUAAUGGCAAGUUGUUAGCUCGAUACUCUUGCCAAGUUUAUAAUGAGUUGUCUGAUUACGACUAUGCUAGUGAUGUGUUGAUUGAGGCUUUGAAUGAGGUAGCCAAAGAGGAAGAAUUGAUUAAGUAA